UUGCUGAUAUUGUUUCUAAUAACGCAACUGAGCUCUUUGCUUUGCUAGAAGCUGUUUACCUUCUGUGCUUGUGAAGCUGUGACCUUUCUAUUGAGACCAGACCAAAUGGAUGACAUUUAUAAGAUCUCUUCUACUGAGAGAGUCCAACAGGUAGAGAAAGCAUUAGCUGUGCAGCUGACUGAACUGAAGACAGAAAUUGAAGGAAAUGGGAUCUUACAGGGAACUCCACAUUGUUCUGUGCCCCUUCCAAAAGACAUUGAUUAUUUCAGAAGAGAAAGGGAGUGGACCCUGAAAAAAUGUUUACAGGUUGCAGAGGCAAAGCCUCUUGUAAUUCAGACUGAUGUCCUGAAGAGGGAGCUAGAUAGCUGUCUAAAAAGGGAAUAUACACCAGAAAGCUUAUCCUUGUUGUUGUAUCAGUUUUAUAUCGACAGGAUCCCUCAGUUAGUCCAAAGCAAAUACUUACAUAUGCUAAGAUGGAAAAGAUUUUGUCAGCACAGUAGUAUUAUUGAACAACUGUACCCUUUCUACCAGAAACAAGUGACUCAAAUUAUGCAGGAGUAUAAUGAUGCCAUUCAAAGAGCUGCAAGACUCUCAAGUGUACGAGAGAGCUUUCUGACUGGAAAAGAAAUUCCUAUAAACCUGGUGACCCAGGAAGAUUUGAUGAUCUACACACAAUGGCUGAUAUGUCAUUUGCAUUCACUUAAAACCAUCCAUGCCUAUCUCCAGGUACUCCAACACUUGCCUAUCUCUCACAGGACAGAGGUAACCAUUGACAGAUACCAAUUUCAAGGUGAUGGAGAUAAAUCCAAAGCUUCUGGAAAAAUGGAUUUUUUGUCUCCCAGGAUGCAAGUCUCUGUCCACCCUAGCACUUUAGCCAUGGAGGGUCAAACAUAAAUUUAGGAGCAUUUUCAAUAAACAGCAAACAAUGAGAACAUUUCCUGUUUAUGAUGCUGGAACCCCUGGAUCAGAAAAAUUGGGCCUAAUGAACUCCAACGUGACUUUGAAAAAGAGAGCAAAUUGGACCUCUUUUGUAAAGAUUAAGCCUCAACAAGAUCCAUGGCAACAAAAAGUAUUGAUAAAACUUAAACAGUGGAAAAAGGUAGAUGAACAGCUAGAGAUUCAAUCAAAAUUGUUACAGGACACUGGAUCCUACUUUUUUGGAGCUGUUUCCUGUGGAGUCCAAUUCUCUGAUUUUAUCAAUAUUCAUUCUGACAUGCGACUCUCAAAACUGGACACAGUAUUAUUAAUACAUGAAGCUGCUGAACAGUGA